AUGUCGUCGAUAGACAUUGCGGUAGGUCAACGUUACGAUAGUAAAGACGAUUUAGAUAGACGACUGAAACUUCUUACAGUGAGGUAUAAAUUUGAUUUUGAUGUAGAAACAUCAACUCCGACAUCAUACGUUGUUAAGUGUUGGGUUGAUGGAUGUCUCUGGAGAGUUCGUGCUUCUACCCCAGGAGAAUCCAAGGCGUUUUUUGUUCGUAUUUACGAUUCGAAGCAUACAUGUUCCUGCACAGAGCGUUCUAAUCGAUCUCGACAAGCAACACCAGAUAUUUUAGGUAUGUUGUACAAGAACUUCGGCGACGUUGGUCCGGCCGUUCACCCUACGAGCGUCGGAAUAGCUAUCACUAAGCAGUUUGGUAUAAAGAUGGAUUAUUGGAAAUCAUACCGGACGUUGAAAUUUGCAAGGGAAAUCGAUGAGGGAACACCUGAGUGUGGGUUUGAAAGCUUGCCUUCUUACUUAUACAUGAUAAGAAGGGCAAAUCCGAGUACAGUGACGCGUCUUCAAAUCGAUGAGCUUGGAAGAUUCAUGUAUGUGUUUCUUGCCUUUGGUGCGAGCGUUAAUGGGUAUCCUUUCAUGCGCAAAGUUGUUGUAGUUGACGGUACGUUUCUCAAUGGUAAAUACAAAGGGACGCUACUCACAGCACUAACUCAGGACGGUAACUUCCAGAUUUUUCCAAUAGCCUUCGCAGUGGUUGACAGAGAAAAUGAUGAUUCGUGGCAUUGGUUUUUUACGCAACUAAAACUUCUGAUUCCUGACGACGAGGGUCUUGCGAUAAUCUCGGACAUGCAUAACUCGAUAGGGAAAUCAAUUAGAAAUAUGUAUCCGUUGGCUACUCGGGGAAUAUGCACCUACCAUUUAUAUAAGAACAUAUUGGGACGGUACAAAGGAAAAUAA